CUGGCAACAAGCGACAACAAACGUGAGUCAAAAUUAACAACUACUUGUCAAGUGACUGUCACGGCAGAUUAAUGAAGACAGAUAAUGGGUUUGAUGUGACACGCGGUCAGAAAGACGGCUGUCAUGACGGAAGAGUGCGUCUGUGUGGCGGUCCGUGUCCGGCCGCUUCUCGCCAGAGAAGUCCUCCACCGUCACCAGGUGUGCGUGCGAGUGGUUCCGGGCUCGGCUCAGGUGAUGCUCGGCUCGGACAGACUCUUCUCCUUUGACCAUGCGUUCGGACCGACAGCCAGCCAGGAUGAGGUGUAUGAGUCCUGCGUCCAGCCCCUGGUGGAGUCCUGCGUCCAGGGCUCCAACGCAACUGUGUUUUGUUACGGGCAAACUGGGUCAGGCAAGACGUACACGCUGGGAGGAGGAAACCAAGAUGACGAGGGCGGGAUUAUUGAUCGUGUGGUGCAGGAGGUGUUCCGACUGCUCCAGGAAAAAAAGAAAAACAAUGAGGGCCUGGACACCAGAGUGAGAGUCUCAUAUGUGGAGCUGUACAUGGAAGAACUCAGAGACCUGCUGGAGCUCCAAAACAUCCACAAAGAACUUCACAUCAGAGAAGACGAGAGGGGAAACACAGUGGUGGUAGGAGUCAAAGAGUUGGUUGUCACUUCAACAGAGGAGCUGCUCAGCUUUGUAGAGAUGGGAAAUGCCCUGCGCCACACGGGCACCACGGGAAUGAAUGAACACUCCAGUCGCUCUCACACCGUUCUCACACUUCACGUCAACAUCUGUCGCCGUGGCACCAGCACCCCUCCCAUAAACUACAGCCAAACUUCUAAACUUUGCUUGGUGGACCUUGCCGGCUCUGAACGGGCUGGGAAAACUGGAAACACUGGGACGCGGCUCAAAGAGACUGCUCACAUCAACACAGGCCUGCUUGCUCUGGGAAACGUCAUCCGUGCUCUCACUGACAGUCGAAGUCGCCGUGGCAGCAGCUGCACUAGUGCCUAUAUUCCAUACCGUGAUGCCAAGAUCACUCGCCUGCUUCGGGAUUCACUGGGAGGCACAGCCCACACGCUGAUGGUGGCAUGCGUUAGCCCCUCCCACCACUAUGUUGCUGAGACGCUGAAUGUUCUCCAGUUUGCAUCCAAGGCUCGACACAUCCACAACCGUCCAGGAGCCAUAACUCCUGAAAGUAAAUCAUGUCACACAGCCUGGCAUCCUGAUGAGGCUCGACUAGAAGAGCUGAAGUAUGAAGUCCAAACACUGAGAGGGCUCCUGGAGGAGAAGGAGAGGGAUAUUAAGGUAGAAAAGCAGAAAACAGGAGAAAAAGACAGUUUUAAGGAGUCAGAUCAGAUACAAAUGCCUGAACCAGAUAAGGUGAGCCCAGAGGAAGGAAUGACGUACUACCUCUUGGCUCAGGAAGCUGCAGACAUCCUUCCAAAGCUCUCUAGUGUUUCUUCAAGUCUUUCAUUCAAGCAGAGACUAGAAGAUUGGCAGGAAAGAUUCAAAGCUGUGAGUCUACCAUGUCAAACAGAUGAUGGAGACCGUGCACUGAGAACUAAGGUGGAUAAGGCGGAAGAACACCACAAAAACAUAUCAAAACUCAGAAAAGAACUCUACAAAUGCAAGGAAUUACUUCACACAAAAGAGCAGCUUAUUCAACAAAAAGAUGCCAAACAAAUGGAGGUGCAGCAAAAGGUUGAGGAACUUCUUCAUGAAAAUAAAGCCCACCAGAUGGCCCUUGAGGAAGAAAAGGAGCGUUCCAGAAUAAAGACAGAACAACUCGUGAACCAGGAAAUUUUGAUCAACCAGCUUCGCAGUAACCUCAUGACCCAUCUUAGGGGAGUUUCAGGAGCCUCUGCAGAAGAACAAUCUCCUGCAUGUUCAGGCAAAAGACCGCACAGUGUCCCUCCGGUCAGACACAGCUGUUUGAAUGGUCCUCCCAGAAAGAUUCAUUCCAGUCCUCCGGGUUAUUCCCUGGAGAGGGUGAUGGCAGCUUUUAAGAUGCGCGGCCAUCUUCUGCUGGCCGAGGUAGAGGAGAAGGAUGAAGUGUACUGUCCGUUCCUUAAGAAAGAGGAAGAGGAGGAAGAAGAAAAUGGCAUUCUUACUGGCAGAGAGAGAGUCAGUCAUUCCUUAAAUAAAACAUGGACCAGCAAUCUGAGCAAAUCAGCUCUAACAGAAAAAAGCUCAAUCCGAGCUCAAACAAAUGAUGGAGACCCAGACGUACAGCAGCCUCAGGCGACCACAGACAUAGUGGAAGGCAUCAAUAAAAGCAACAUGAGGAGGGCAAGAAGAGCCGGUGCCACUGAGAGAAGGAUACACGAUUUGUCUGUCAGCAUGCGAAUGAAGGAGGAACUCAUCAAAGAACUUCAGAAAACUCAAAAGGGAGCGCUUGCAUUGCGCAGACAUGGCCAGCACAGCGGUGAGGGGAGAGAAGUGGACGUGCUUGCAAGACUUUCUAUGCAAAACCAGCAGGUGUGCUCAGAGAUGUACCACAGCCUGCAGCACAUGAGGCUGCAGAGAGCUCAGCUUCAGAGCAGCCUCAGGGAGCUGGGAAAGACCGCUGACACUAACAAAGAGGUGCAACAAAACGGGGAAAAAGGUUCAAAGACUUUGAAUAUUUUCAAAAAUGAUCAAAAGAUAGAAUCCCAACAAAUGCUGCAAGAGAUAAGUUGGCUGGAGGAGGAGGAAGAGCGAGUCCUUCAGAAAAAAGCAGAGAUGCAGGAGCUGGAAGAAGAGUUGAAGAGGAGAGAGGAGGUGGUGCAACAGCGGGAAACCUGUCUUCAACAGAAAAAAAGUCUGGAAACCAAGAUGCUGCGUUCCAGUCAGGGUAUGAGUCGGGACUUGCUAAGUGUGUCCCUGAGGUUGGAAUGUGUGGAGGAGCAACUCCAGAGCAGCGGCUUUAUGAGGGAGAGUGGAGGAGAUACUCUAGAGGAACUAGUGAAAGAAAGAGACAUGCUUAAAAAGAAGAGAGACAUUCUGGAUGCCCAGCUUAGAGACAACAGAGUACUCCCUGUGGAGGAGGAAUAUUCCCUUCUACAGCUGGAGGAAGCAAUUGAAGCUCUGGAUGCAGCUCUGGAGUUUAAAAACAAGUCAAUCCAGAGCAGGCAGGACCAGCUCUCAUCUUUGCAUCCGUCUCAAAGCUCCGAACCUGCCCAACUCUGCAGUGUCGUCGGAAAGCUCAAGAAGCUUUCAGCUCCUGAGGCUGUGGAGCUUCUCAUUCUUUAUUUCAACAAGGUUGUUAGCCUGCGAGAGGCAGAACGCCAUUUACGUCUGCGCUGUGAAGAACUGGAGUUGCAUGCUGGGGAACAAGAGAUAGCGCUUAAGCAGUUGGAGGCUGGCAUGCAGCGCCUGGCCCUUGAUACAGACCGCAGGCUUACAGAGCAGCAAAAAGAUCACCAGAACAACCUUCAGGAACUACUACAAAAACUGAACGGUUCUCAUGGAGAGAUGCCACAGGCAACACAAGACAGACUGCAGUUCUUGGAGAAAGAGCUGUUUUUCUACAAAAGUUCCAGCCGUCAGCUGAAGAAGAAACUCAAAGAGCUUUUUGUUGAUGGCCAAGCUGCAAAUACUCAACCUUCAUCUGAGGAGGACCACAGGAAAAUCAAUCUGACACAAAUGCAGAAAAAUGAUUUCAACCCCCUUAAUCAUUUAGAUAUGGGACAGUCAGGAGCACAGGUUGGAGCAACAUACACAAAAAUAAACUCUGAGCAAAAGGACUCUGGGAUGCAUGAAGAUUCUGAUAUAAACAGAAGUGCACACCAAAAUGAAGUGUACACAAAAACUCAAAAUCCCUUUUCAUCUCCUGACUGCAAAGAUCUCACUAAACCCAAAAUAACGGAACAUGAUCAGAUUCCCACAGGUUCCAAAAUAAGGAGGGCAAGAGGUAAAUCGGAUGAAAGUUCAAAAUUGAUUCCUGUCCGAUUACAUCGCAGAGAGCUGAGGCAGAUUUGUACCCCUGAUCAGCGGCUUUCUGGUGCUGCUACAGGAGGACUCCAAUCUGUUAGCAGUAGCAAAGAGUCGAUGUUAGAAGAUUCCAUAGAAAUGCUCAGAAAAACACACAGUUAAAAAAAAAAUUAGAAGUGAAACUAGUGGAAGAAUAUAAGUCAAUAGCAUUAAUUAGAAGUAGGCAAAAAAGUUGACUCUGAUUACUAGAGUAGUAUUUAUUGAAGAGUGAAUAUGUUGUUAUGCAAAAUACAAACUCUACAACCUGACAUCUAUUUUGGGAAUAGUGGAUGAAGUCGCACUUUUAGUUGGCAUUUUGAUUGAUUCUUUCCAUUCCUUAUUAUAAAAGUUGAAAUAAUUUUGCAAAGUUCUACAAUAAACUUUGACUUUGUCAAUUGAGCAG